AUGUUCCGCCCCUUCCAGUCAGUGCCUCCAGUCCUCCAGAGCCAUCUUAAUGGCCAGGAGUUCCCGGUUCCCAACAUCAUAGUUCCUCUCCGCAGGGUUGAGACGAUGGGACAUGAUGGGACAGGGAUGAAGCUUUUGGUCCUGGACGAAUCGCUGGGAAAGGACGGCCCCUACUCCCACAUCGGAAGCGUCAGCCUCAACCACGAACUGACGAGUCGGGCCUGGGUGGAUGAGGAUGGGGCAGUAGUGAAUCACUGCUCUAGAUCCCCAAAAGCCUUGUCCGCUGCUGAAGACCAUGUGAACGGCAUGCUGAAGAUGUUUGAUAUUCCGAUCGGUGCCCGGCACAUCGUUAUAGAGGAGAAUGAGACUUCCUCCCACAUAAUUGCUGUUAAGAAUCAAGUCACAGGCAGCUUCAUAUUGAACGCAAAAAGUGAGGAUGCCAAGUCCAGAACCUUCAUCGAGAGCGGUUUGGAGUGGGAGUACGCCUUCGGAAGCGGCGAGAAAGAAACCCUAAAAACAAUCGGCCCCCUUCACGAGGGCAUCGUUGUUCUGGUCAUUCCCCAGGAGGAGGACACUAAGAUCAGUCUGACAUAUAAGUACAUUAUCCAUGAGGACCUGCUGCCGGUCAUCACCAAUAACAACGUUCUCCUGGCCGAGCUGGAUACCUACGAGUGGGCCCUGAAGAGCUGGUCGCAGUGCUCUAAGCCCUGUGGGGGAGGUAUACAGUACACCAAAUACGGAUGCAGGAGGAAGAGCGACAGUCGACUGGUGCACCGGAACUUCUGUGAAACCAACAAGAAGCCCAAACCCAUCCGGAAGAGGUGCAACGUGAACGAGUGCAGUCAGCCCACGUGGUUGGUGGAGGAGUGGAACCCGUGCAGUAAGACGUGUGGGAAGAUUGGCUACCAGUCCAGGGUUGUUCAGUGUAUGCAGGCCCUCCACAACGGCACCAACCGGACGGUCCACACUAAGUACUGUACAGAGGACAAGCCUGAGACCAGGAAGGUCUGUAACCCCUCUGCCUGCCCUGCGCAGUGGAGGACAGGGGCCUGGUCACAGUGUUCAGUAAGCUGUGGAGAGGGGAUUCGACAGAGACAAGUUGUGUGUAGAGCCACAGACAACACCAUCGGCCAGUGUGAGGGAGACAAGCCUGAAACUGUCCUCAUCUGUAAACUGAGCCCGUGUCCAGGACAGUCAUCCCUGCCCCCGUUCACUAAAGAAGCCAUGGAGAUUUCAACGACAAAGACGGAGGGUGUACAUCAGAUUGGUCCUGAGAAUCCUGUCCACAAACUCUCCUCCAAUGAGCCAUGUCUUGGAGACAAGUCUAUAUUCUGCCAGAUGGAGGUCCUAGCCCGUUACUGUUCCAUUCCUGGCUACAACAAGCUGUGCUGUGAGUCCUGCAACAAGAAGGAAGGCUUCACCACCCUCUUCUCUCCAUCCCCAGACCUCCACAAGACUGUUGGAUCCUCGAACUCAGACUCUGAGACUGGCCCAGACCAGGAGACCUCUACCCAGCCCAACCCCACCGCCUCCACCACCCUACCAUCAGACUCCCCGCUCCCCACCACCACCCAGAGCCCAUCCCGAACCACUAAGACCCCUAGACGGCCUCGCUCCACUGCUCAGGGCCUGACCACCUCACCGUCGGCGGGUGCCGUCGUUCCCCAGGGUCCUUCCUUUGGGGUCGGGGAUGGAGACUCGGUCCCUGGGCUCCCUUCUCUACCUCCAGGUCCCAGCCCGCCUCUCCGGCCCCGGCUCCGAUCCAACGCUGCUCCAGACUCCAAUGGAGACCCUGCUUUAUCGCCAUCUAAAGAGCACAGCAAUCCAAACAACCGCUCUUUAGGCCAAUCCGCCGGCCCCGGCCCUGAACCCGGGCCUGCUGGAACUGUGGCUGGCGUUGCUGCUGCCAGGUCAAGAAGGGAGGAUGUAGGAUCGGACUCAGCUCACAGAACCAGAACAACCAGAACCCUGUCCCAUGUGCUGACAUGAUCACUGACUUAUCCUGGGACUUGCUGCUCAGUAAUAUUGGUCCACCAUGACUUCUGUCAGCUCAACGUUAUUGCAAUGUUGUUACAGCAUUAGAGUGUUACAGCGUUACAAUGUGACAAUGUUACAAUAUGACAAUGUGACAACUUUAUUUCAACAUUGUUACAACAUUAUUACAACCAUCUGAUGGAUUAUCCUGGACUGGACUCUCAACCGAUUGCUGCAAGAAUAAAUUAACAUAAAAUGUAAAAAAAAAAAAAUCCAAGCCAGUGGACUUAGACCAGUAAUGGUUACCUCAUCGAACCA